UUUCAGAGGACUGUUUUAAAGGGUGCACUAAUAGACUACACAUGAUGCUGUAGAGAAGGUUCAACCGGAGAAAUGACCGCUAAGAUUACCCGCAGUGUUGAACAGUGUGGAUCAGUACAUUUAUGAUCAGUUGGGUGUAUGUAGCAGUGUGAUUAGGAGCAGGUUGUAGACGAUCAUGGCUCGAGUUGUGAAAACGCUGCGCACUCUUCGAAACCACUGGAAGAAGUCCACGUUUGCAGGGUGCGUCUUGUCUUACGGCGGGCACUGGCUAUACGGAAAACACUGUGACAAUGUGCUACGAAGAGAAGCCUGCCUGGAGGCCAGGGAGUUCGGCCGCCAGCUGAUUUCACCGCAGGAGCAGCUGAAGAAAGCCACGGUCAUCCUCAAUCCGGCUGCCUGCAGUGGGAAAGCCAACAGUCUGUUCGAGAAGAAUGCAGCCCCCCUGCUACACCUGGCUGGCAUGGACGUGAAAGUUGUGAAGACGGACUACGAGGGUCAGGCUAAGAAGCUGAUGGAGCUGAUGGAGCAGACUGAUAUGCUGAUUGUUGCCGGGGGCGAUGGAACUCUGCAAGAGGUGGUCACAGGAUUGCUGCGUAGAACUGAUCAGGAUUCGUACAGUAGCACUCCCAUUGGCUUCAUCCCUCUGGGUUCCCAGAAUUCCUUGAGCCAGAGUCUGCAUUUCCAGACUGAAAAUAAAGUUAAACACAUCACCGCGGCGACGCUGGCAAUCCUUCAGGGGAAAACGGUGCCGCUGGAUGUGCUGCAGGUCAAGGGGGAGAAGGAGCAGCCGGUGUUUGCCCUGAUAGGACUGCGCUGGGGGGCUUUCAGAGAUGUGGCCUCCUCCAUCAGCAAAUAUUGGUAUCUGGGUCCUUUGAAGACUAUGGCAGCGCACUGGUUCAGCACAUUAAAGAGCUGGCCGCAGACCCACCAGGCGUCUCUGUCCUACCUGGCGCCCACGCCCCGCCCCCCAGAGGAGUCCACGACGAAGCCCCCGCGCCCCUCCCUCAUCUACCGCAUCAUCCGCCGACUGAAGAACUACUGGAACCCCCCUGUAGAGGAGCCCCCUAAGGAAGACGAGCCAGAACACUGGGAGGAGCUACAGAUCUCCACAGUGGAGCUGUCAAUCAAGACCAACAACAGAAACCCAGUCAUGAAUCGCACAGAUGACUCCAUGCAAGUGUGUGUGGAGCCAGAGACCAUGACUGUGGGGGAGUUCAUCACAAUUGGUGGAGAGAAAGCCCGGGAUCCAAUGCUGUGCAGCAAGAGCGGGCGUAACCUGGAGGCCAGCGCCUGUAUGCUCACCCUGCCCCAGGAGGGCGCCGGUUUCUACAACAUCGACAGCGAGGAGUACGAGGCCAUGCCCGUGGAGGUGAGGCUGUUGCCGCGGAAACUGCGGUUCUUCUGCAGCGAGGAACGCAGGCAGCAGCUGCUCUCGGAGGUGCACUGAGGGACCGACGGGCUGGAGAGAAAAGAAGAGAAGGAUGGAGAGAUAGAGGGAUAGCAGAGACAAAUGUUGGCACGAUGGGACACUGUGAUCAUGGGCAGGACUCACUGCUGUGUGCAAGGACCACAAGACCCAACCUCGCUCUGCUCUGUGUCCCCAUUCAUUGGAGACUCAACUCAGAAACUCUAAUAAAGGAUUAAAUGUCAGUGCUGCAGUGGCAGCCAAGCUCUGUUCUCUCCACAGCUACACGUUGCUUCUCUGCACUGUCCGCGGCUGUCAGCGUAAAAGGUUGGAAUUGUAUGCUGGGUCUGAAGUAACUGAGAAGGUUUUGUCAUGUUUAAAAAAAAGAAAUUGUGUUAACCAGAUAUUAAAAUGCAUUAGUUCUUUGUGGGGUCUUUGUAAUUAAUAUGAGAGAAAAAAUUGCUCUGCGGGUAUAAUUUGUACCCAAAAUAAUCAGCGUUUUGAGAAGUAUUCUAGAGCACAAACUUGAAAACCAAACAAUAGCUUAACAUAUAACAUAAUAUUACAUAACAUACCUAUGGACUAGAUCAGCGGUGUCCGAUAUUAUCAGAAAAGGGCCGGUUGGGUGCAGGUUUUUGUUUUAACCCAGCCCUACGACACCCGAUUGAACUAAUUAACUGAUGAUGGUCUUCAAUCAAGACUAAGUAGAAUCAAGUGACUUAGUGCUGGGCUAAAACAAAAGCCUGUGCCCACACAGGCCCUUUCUGGAUAAGAUCGGACACCCCUGGACUAGACGGUAUAAGUCGUUUCUGCUGGCAUUUAACAUGCAAGACAUCACUGUUUAUUUCAGUCAGCAUUGCGGAAUUAACCCAGGAAACUGGUUUAAGGACCAGAUAAGUGGUACUUUAGUUUUCUGUUUAUGAU